AGUAUAAAAUGGAGCCCUAGAAAUAUGACAAAUAGUUUCUUUCCAUGCUCAAAAGAAGAAGCAAAAGCGACGCCCAACAAAGCUAGGCAUUUGCUACCUCAAAAUGGUUAAGAAGAAAGAAUCUAAGAUUCUAUUGAAGCUUUUGGUGGAUAAAAAGAAGGAUCAAGUUGUUGCAGCUGAAACCGGAGUAGAUUUUAUGGACAUACUUGUUAGCCUUCUGACUUUACCAAUGGGAACAAUAAUACGACUCGUUGAAGCAGAGGCUGGAACUGUUGGUUGUAUGAAUAACUUGUACCAAAGUGUUGAAAACCUCGAUGAGGAAGAUCUGUACAUAGAGCAUUGCAAAACCUUGUUACUGAAUCCGAUAAAUCCAUAUCCAAAAUAUUGCAUGAAGUUAAAAGUGAACUUAGAUGAUUCAGGGUCUAAGUAUUAUAAGUGUUCAAAUUGUCGAUACAACAGUUAUUACAUGGAUGUUGAGUGCAAAUGUAAUGGGAAGUAUAACAAAGAGACGUUUCUGAAAGAUUCAGUUGAAAAUACUUGUGGCGAUGCGUAUGUGUUUCUUAAAGGAGGGAUAUCAUUUCUAAUCACUGACGGUUUACAAGUCAAGGUUGCUUCUCCAAGCUCGCUUGUUCAGAUGCUUUCAAAUGUUGGCCUGAGUGAUAUGAAUCAAAUCGAGGAGAUGCAUGUAGAAAUUGGCAAAAAUGAGGUGAUUCAUCUACUUGUGCGUUCAUUGAUCUCAAAGACUCCCUUGUCUGAUGUGUUUCUGCCCAAGCAAAAACAAAAAAGGGCAAGAGUAGACACUAUCACAAUGACCGAGUUUGGAUCGUCCAUUUCUGAAAAUGGAACUAGGAAUAACACCAAGAAAUUGGAGCUGAAGCUAACAGUAAGAAAGUCUACAAACAUGGUCUUGUGUGCCGAAGCAGGCAAUGAUUUUGUUGAUUCUCUCUUCAAUUUCUUGACGAUUCCUCUAGGAUCAAUUGAAGAUGUUUUAAAAGGGAAUUCUGGGUUGGGAUGCAUAGAUAACUUGUACAAAAGUGUGGAGAAUUUAGAUUCAAAAUGGUUUAAUACGCCGCCUCCAGAUAUGAAUAUACACAGACAUGAGAAGACUCUUAAGAUGAUAUUACUCAAGCCUGGUAUAGCCCCUAACCAUAAAUCCAAGAAUCUUCUUUUGCAGAUUAACGAAGGGUUUGAACUUUACUUUAGUGAUCCAAGACAAUCCGUAGGUAGUAAUCGUAGUAGUGAGUUUGAAAAGUUUGCAAAGGAACCUUCCCUUUUCUAUGUUCUGGACAAUUUAGAAGUGAGACCAUUGUCUUCUACAUCAACUAUUUGCUUACUCCAACAACUAAAUGUUCCUCUGCAUGAUAUUGAAGAGCAAAUGAUCAGUGUUGGCGAGUUGGAAGCAUUGAGCUUGCUGAAAGCCUCUUUAACGUCUACAUCAUCAGCAUUGACAGCAGGCCUAAACCACAUGUUGAAGAAGCCGAGAGACGAAGAUGUGAUGUCUAGUGCGAAGAAACUUCAUCGUGCUGGUUAGCAAAUACAUGUUGUUAACUUUUUGCAGUUACUUCUCAUUGUAUUUUGCACUCACUUGCCUAACUUGUUACGUUAAGUCUCAAAACUUUGGUUUCCUGAACUACUUUUAGAGGUUUGUGUGGCAAAAAAAAUUUGGACCAUUUCUCGA